CCGGCGGCGCUCGGCCACCUCUGUGUCUCCGCCCUCGCUGGGUCGCGCUGCUGCCUGGGCGCGGCGGCGGCGGCGGCGCCCUGUUGAAUGGGCUGUGAGGGCCCGGGUCUGAAGUGCUGGCGGACGCGGCCUCCGGGGGCGCAAGGCAGCAGCAGCGGUGGCGACCAAACGGGUGUUGGAGUUGGCGGCGGCCAUGGAGGGCCUGGCUGGCUAUGUGUACAAGGCGGCCAGCGAGGGCAAGGUGCUCACUCUGGCUGCCUUGCUCCUUAACCGGUCGGAAAGCGAUAUCCGCUACCUGCUGGGCUAUGUCAGUCAGCAGGGAGGACAGCGCUCCACACCCCUCAUCAUCGCAGCCCGCAACGGGCACGCCAAGGUGGUGCGCUUGCUCUUAGAACACUACCGUGUGCAGACCCAGCAGACUGGCACCGUCCGCUUCGACGGGUAUGUCAUUGAUGGUGCCACUGCUCUUUGGUGUGCUGCAGGAGCCGGACAUUUUGAAGUUGUUAAACUUCUAGUCAGCCAUGGAGCCAAUGUGAACCACACCACAGUCACUAACUCAACCCCACUGCGGGCAGCAUGCUUUGAUGGCAGACUGGACAUUGUGAAAUAUUUGGUGGAAAAUAAUGCCAAUAUCAGCAUUGCCAACAAGUAUGACAACACCUGUCUGAUGAUCGCAGCUUAUAAGGGGCACACGGAUGUUGUCAGAUACCUUUUAGAACAGUGCGCUGACCCCAACGCGAAAGCACACUGUGGGGCCACAGCGCUGCACUUCGCAGCUGAAGCUGGUCACAUUGACAUCGUGAAAGAGCUGAUCAAAUGGCGAGCUGCAAUAGUGGUGAACGGCCAUGGGAUGACACCGUUAAAAGUGGCUGCCGAAAGCUGUAAAGCUGAUGUCGUUGAACUGUUGCUCUCUCAUGCCGAUUGUGACCGCAGAAGUCGGAUUGAAGCCUUGGAGCUUUUGGGUGCCUCCUUUGCAAAUGACCGUGAGAACUAUGACAUCAUGAAGACAUACCACUAUUUAUAUUUAGCCAUGUUGGAGAGGUUUCAGGAUGGUGACAACAUUCUUGAAAAAGAGGUUCUCCCACCCAUCCAUGCUUAUGGGAACAGAACUGAGUGUAGGAACCCCCAGGAACUGGAGUCCAUCCGGCAAGACAGAGAUGCUCUUCACAUGGAGGGCCUUAUAGUGCGGGAACGGAUUUUAGGUGCUGACAACAUUGAUGUUUCCCACCCCAUCAUUUACAGAGGGGCUGUCUAUGCUGACAACAUGGAGUUCGAGCAGUGCAUCAAGUUGUGGCUUCACGCGCUCCACCUCAGGCAGAAAGGUAAUAGGAACACCCACAAGGAUCUCCUGCGAUUUGCUCAAGUCUUCUCCCAGAUGAUACACCUCAACGAAGCUGUGAAGGCCCCGGACAUAGAAUGUGUUCUGAGAUGCAGUGUUUUGGAAAUAGAGCAGAGUAUGAACAGAGUUAAAAGUAUCUCCGAUGCUGACGUCCACAGUGCCAUGGACAACUAUGAGUGUAACCUCUAUACCUUCCUGUAUCUGGUGUGCAUCUCCACCAAGACCCAGUGUAGUGAAGAAGACCAGUGCAGAAUUAACAAGCAGAUCUACAACCUGAUCCACCUGGACCCCAGGACGCGGGAAGGCUUCACCUUGCUACACCUGGCUGUCAACUCGAACACACCAGUCGAUGAUUUCCACACCAACGACGUCUGCAGCUUUCCCAACGCACUGGUGACGAAGCUCCUGCUGGACUGUGGUGCUGAGGUGAAUGCCGUCGACAACGAGGGGAACAGCGCCCUCCACAUUAUCGUCCAGUACAACAGGCCCAUCAGUGACUUUCUGACCCUGCACUCCAUCAUCAUCAGCCUUGUGGAGGCCGGCGCUCACACCGACAUGACAAACAAGCAGAAUAAGACUCCACUAGACAAAAGUACGACUGGGGUGUCUGAAAUACUACUUAAAACUCAGAUGAAGAUGAGCCUCAAGUGCCUGGCUGCCCGAGCAGUUCGGGCUAAUGAUAUUAACUACCAAGACCAGAUCCCCCGGACUCUUGAAGAGUUUGUUGGAUUUCAUUAAGUGACUGGAUGUGUAAAAUCGUUUAAUGUGGUGCUAAAAAGUAAAGAACUUUAAUCACAGACAAUAGAAGUAUGUGUUCAUAGGUUGUCCUUUUCUUUCCACCCCUUCAGCCCAUCCGUCCUUGGUUCCCUUUGGCUCUUGUCUCAUGUAUUGAUUUCAGCACUAAACAGAGCAGCACUGUUCAGGUAUAACUGGAAGGUGUUUGGACAGUUCUUGGUUUCUUUUUCUUUUUUUAAAGGAAUGAAUGUAAGAUAUUUUGUGUAAUAGAGGGCAUUUGUGAUUUGAAAUUGAUGAUGUUUUAAACAGCUGCCUACAAAAGUAUUUCUGUUAAGCUGAUGUCAGCAUGUCAUCCGUGCAGCAGUUUUGAGGAUUUCAUGAAGAAAAUGAACUAAAAAGGAACAUUGAGAGCAAUGGGAGAUGCUCGUGCCCUGCGUGGAUGGUUCUCACUCUCAUUGUGCGUGCAGAAUGAUACAGCACAUUUUACACCAGGAGGACUCGAAACACUUAGCUACUGAUUAUUAAUCUGGAAAUUAUGUGCAGUUAUUGUUGGAAAGUUGAAUUCAUGGAAAUGAUUGCAUUCUGCUGGGUAGUGUCUUCUAAUUGGUGAUCUUAGCUCAACCUUGUGGACAUUGCUAGACUCCACCCUUAGUCUUGUUUUCCGGUCUCUGUUGUAAUGAUGGAUCUAAAUUGCAGUCAUGCAUUUGAUUUUUGGCUCACAGCCCUAAAUAAGGAGCACACUGUAUUAUGAAACAUUGGCAUAGUAUAGCUGGAUAGUCUCUUUGCCCCCUUUUAGCCCUUUCUUCUUGUGUUGUAUCUUUAAAAUUGGGAAACUGCCUUUCCAGAGGACAUUUAUUUCUGUCUCCCUGUUAGGUGUAAGAUGAACGAGGACACACUUCUGAUGUCUUUACUUAGUCCAUUGUAAGAUGUAGGAAAACCGGGAGUAGGGUAUAGGAAAUGAAGUAUUUGAUGAGGAAAAAUGAUUCUCAAUGCCACACAGAAGGUAUAUCUCAGAGCUGCAGACUUUUCUACCACGGAAUGUGGUACUGAGGUCUUUUUUUGCUUUCUUAUAUCAGCAACAUUUCAAUUCUCAAGAGUAUUCUGUGAUUUUUCUUAUAAGCAUCACAGAAAUUCAAGUUGAAGGAACACCUGCUUCUCCUGAUGCUGGGAAUGAUAAUGAAAGUAAAACUAGUUGUUCCUGUAAUUUUUCUCUAGUGCCAAAUGAAUGCCUGAGCUACCCCUAGUGCAUGGUACCAUAAGUGGAGACCCGCAGCUUCUUGUUUUCCUUUAGUGAAAAGCGUUGUCAUGAUGCAACAUCAGAUAUAAACUUUAAACAACCUGUAAGAUUUCACAAACAUUUUACCUGUGCUUUUUAAAAUGGACAAGGAAGGUUGCAGUUGGAGCAGUAUAAAAAAUGACCAAGCCAAAAUCAGCACCUAGGGCCUUCACAGAGAUACCCCACAAAAUGAACUACCUGGGAGGGCAGGAGAGACUUGACGAACUUCCUGCUCCAAGGGUCAAGACACAGUUGCUGUCAUUGUGCUUCGUGUGUGUUCUUGCUUCAGUUAGGAGUGUUUGGAUGGUGAAUUCUUCCAUGGUAAUAGAUUUCUGUGUUCCCAACUUGAGAGUUUACAAGGAAGGCUUCCUGAUGGCUUAAAGGGAGGUGUUGGAAUGACCCUAAUUUGGGAACUACUGACCUUGACCCUCCUGACAUGACUCAAGGAGAUUCUGUCUCCACUUGCUCUGGCAGCUCUCAGCGGCCUGGAGGAGAUGAUGCACUGCACAGGUGAGUCAGUCCUGCCUCUGCCCAGGCUCAGGUCAGGUCUUUCCUUUUCAGACUCGAAGGCCUGAAAGGGACAGUGAGGAAUAGCUGUGACACUUAGUAUUCAGUUGGUUCCGUUUUUUAAUGUGUAUGGUUUUAAGCACCUAAACUUAAAAUAUCAGAUAAUGUUGCAUGUUUUAAAAACAUUUUUUCCCCUUCACUACCCAGGACCAACACUGUUCUAGAUAUUAUAUAUGACGAUAAUGAUAAUAUGUCCAUAUCAGAGAUGGAAUUAAGGACAGCUUUGAAGGGGGAAGACUGCUGAUGAUGGGGAGCAGACUGAGCCAUGCUGGUGGUAAACUGGCUAGAUUUAUUUAGACUGUAGCUGCACAUUGUGCACUCUGGCUGAGGGUCUAAUUCUGUCUGUCAAGUCACUCCACAUUUGUGCAUUGGGGAGCACCUGUAUAAAGCCAUUACUGGAAGAAGUGA